CUCCUCUCGUCUCCGUCGUCGUUGCCUCCUCCUCCUCCUUCAAAUCAUCCUUCUCUCUCUCUCUCGGUAACACGAGACACUACUACUAAUGGCGCCCAGAAUCCUACUCUGCGGAGAUCCUCUCGGACGUCUCAAUCAGCUCUUCAAGCGAGUCCAAUCGGUUAGCAAAUCAGCCGGUCCAUUCGAUGCACUCAUCUGCGUCGGCCAGUUCUUCCCCGAUUCACCGGAGCUCCUAGACGAGUUUCUCGACUACGUCGAAGGCCGAGCUCAAGUCCCGAUUCCCACUUACUUCACCGGAGACUACGGCGUCUCCUCCCCCAAAAUCCUCUCCGCUACCUCGAAGAAAGAUGAGAAUCAAGGUUUUAAGAUGGACGGGCUCGUGGUGGCACACAACUUGUUUUGGUUAAGAGGAAGUGGGAAGUUCACUCUUCAUGGUUUGUCUGUUGCUUACUUAUCUGGUAAAGAGUCGUUAUCUGAUGGUGGUCAGUUUGGGAAGUACAGUGAAGAUGAUGUUGAUGCUCUUCGUGCACUCGCUGAUGAUUCUGGAGUUGUUGAUUUGUUUUUGACUAAUGAAUGGCCUGCGGGGAUUACCAACAGAGCUGCGGAGUCUGAUAUUCCUGUAGAUGUUUCUGAUUCCUCUUGUUGUGAUUCCAAUGUUUCUGAAUUGGUAAAGGAAGUUAAACCUCGUUAUCACAUUGCAGGUUCGAUGGGGGUGUUUUAUGCUCGUGAACCUUACCUAAAUGUUGAUUCUAGUCAUGUAACUCGCUUUCUUGGCCUUGCUCAAGUUGGUAACAAAAACAAACAGAAAUUUCUUCAUGCGCUUUCUCCUACACCAACAUCUACCAUGUCACCAUCAGAGCUUAGUGCAAAGCCUCCAAACACUACACUCUGUCCCUUUACGUUACGAGAGGGAGCUGCUGAAUCGAAGAAGAGAUCAAACGACGAUGCCUCUGAUUCACAGUAUUGGAGGUACGAUGUCUCGAAGCGGCAAAAGAAUGGAUCUGAUGGGGAAAAGCUCUGUUUCAAAUUUGUGUGCUCAGGGUCCUGUCCUCGUGGAGAAAGUUGCCAUUUCCAACACAACGCUGAGGCAAGAGAACAGUGUCGCAGAGGUGUUUGUCUUGAUCUUAUUAUCAAAGGUAAAUGUGAAAAGGGCCCAGAGUGCAGCUACAAGCAUGAGUUUCAAGAUUUGAGUGUACAAAGGAAGCCCAGAUCUGAAAAUGCUAACAGGUCUAAAGAAUGCUGGUUUUGUCUAUCAAGCCCGAGUGUGGAGUCACAUUUGAUCGUCAGUGUUGGGGAAAGUUUUUAUUGUGCUCUACCCAAAGGUUCACUAGUCGACGACCACGUAUUGAUAAUCCCGAUAGAACAUUUGCCCAAUACUCUGGUUUUGUCCCCUGAGGGUGAAUCAGAGCUCAGUAGAUACCAAAAUGGUCUGAGAAAUUGUUAUAAGAGCCAAGGAAACGAUGCGGUUUUCUUUGAACUGGUCUCUAAACGUGUUUCUCAUGCUAACCUUCAGGUUGUUCCUGUACCAUCAUCCAGAGCUCGUCUUCUUCCUAAUAUAUUUAGCCUUGCUGCUGAAAAACUGGGCUUCAAGCUUGUGACUAAAAAGUUUAGUGAUAGUUCCGAGGGCAGAAAGUAUCUGCAGAAGGAAUACGAUGCAGCUUUGGGUCUCUUCUAUGUGGAACUUCCUGAUGGAACUGUGUUAUCACACACCCUGGAAGAGAACGAAGUAUUCCCCGCACAAUUUGGACGUGAGGUCCUAGCAGGGUUGCUAAAGAUACCAGAUAGAGCAGACUGGAGAAACUGUAAGAUUAGCCAAGAAGAGGAGGCAAAGCUGGCUGAAGAAUUCAAGAAACAAUUUCAAGAAUUUGACCCUUUUGAGUAACCUUACUGAAUUAUUGUUAUUAUCUUAUGCGCAUGAAUCAAGCUUAACUCAGUGUCCAGUGCACUCAGUAGGUCGGGAGCUGAAUCAUGAGAUGCCAUCGACAUUGAAAGGUCUCUCCAUGUAUGUUUAGAAACAGGUUCCUAAACAGUGUAGUUUUCUCUUGUAUACACUUUCUGUUGAUAUAUUACCUUUUUUAGAAGAGUGAUCACCGCAGAAGCACGUGCUUGACCUUUUUUCACCUAAACUAGUCAUUGUCCUUGGUCCCCUUUUAUUUUUCUUGUUGGUUGGUUAAAACAAAGUACCCUUAUUUUUUUCUACUC